AUGAGUAACUGUUCAUCUCCGACCCCAUGGUCCCCGGAAUUUACGGAUGACGGUUCAAUUCAAUUCCCCGUUCUCGAUCGUUUGGGUCCCGAGGAUAAUAAUGCCGGACCGUACUCUUCCUCCGGGCGAACAUCUACCACAUCUACCUCCGUGGGGAUUCGUACUCCGGCCCAACCGCGAAGUCACCGAUGCAUGGGGACAAACGGACCAAAUACGGACUCACAUUCAUCGUCAGCCGGAAAAGCCGACACGGUGCUGAGCAGUAUCAAAUCCGUGUUCAGUCGAUGGCUGGAAAAUGUGCGGGCAAAAAAUAGCACAGCGAGUGGGACUGCACAAACUGCCCGACACCGUUCCAGUGUUACGGCGAGCAGUAGUUCAUCAUCCUUGCGGAAUCCGUGUAAACCAACUAGUCAUCGAAGCUCAAAGGCAUCUCUGAUCAACUUGUCUGGAACUCCACCGCCGUCUAAUUCACCUGAACCCAGACCGGUUCCCAAUUCAUCAUCAACCGCCCCCGAAGCCGAACGACUUGCCCUGGCUGUGACUGUGGCCACUGCUCGCGAGGCAGAAAUCGAGGCCGCUGAACGUCGAAGGCGUCAGAACUCCUCCACCGUGCACUCACCUACUCCAUCCUCAUCUCGCUUAGCUCCACUCCAUUUGAACACCCAACGAAGUUGGAAUCGAACGCAGUUCAGUGGCUCAAACACCCCGAUGUCAAACGCAUUGUGCGAAAGUGAUGGUCUGUUCCAUUCCAGUUCAAUAAAAUCCUGUCUCAGUCAUACCCAAUCGGGAACGAACCCAUCGUCCGUGAACCAUGAAGCAGGACUUCUCAGAUUAUCUUCCAACUCCAGCACACAUUAUCGGAACGCACGAAGUAUCCCAAAUCACUACACUACGACAUCUGGUUCAACUUCGACUUCCGUUACCAGUAAUCCAUUCGACUCCAAACCCAUUGCAAUGCAAGGACAUUUUUCACCGCUAGUUAUUCCCAAAUCGAUGUCUGAUCAUACGGGUCCUUUUAUUGCAAACUCAUGUAUCAUGGGUUCGGAAUUUCGGCACUCUUCGAACUCUAAACUCGACAAUCAUUAUGACAGCUCCAAUUCCGGCGUACCGCAUCCAUCUGACGAAACUUCUCUUCCUCCCCAACAAUCGGACUAUGGAAGAUCAUUCAAUUCCCAAUAUAGAUACUCGCCGGAACCGUGGAUAACACAGUACAAUCAUCCAAGCCUUCAUAAAUGCUGGCACUUGACACCAAAUAGUCACCUAUGUGUACCGGGUGUUGUACAGUAUCGACAACGGAACAGUGUGGGUGUAUUUUCCGGUGUGUCCGCAAUGCUACAAGCUGCCGAGAUGGCAAAUCACCGGAUUUGUCGUAUACAAUCGGGUCAAAUUUCCGGUUUGCGUCGAACUCGAUCGGUCCCCAUUCUGAAUGAGAUUGUCUCGUUCUGUGAUUUCGCAAAUCGAUUCAGUCAGUUUGAUUGGUGUCCACCCACAGAGCUGUUCGAUCCAGAAAGGUACUUUGAUCACUGA